AUGACCGCUGACUAUUCAAAGCGUCGCAAAUCUACGAUAAAAUUAAUAACCGAAGACGAAGACGAAAUUGUACAGUAUAACGAGGAACGUGAACAAGAAGAGUACGUGUAUUCGCACGAUCAACCGUGUGCUGAACAUACAGUAACUGUCGAUUUUUUGACCGAUGAUAGGGUUAAGGAAGACGGCUUAAGAAGAGAAAUCUUAAAAGACAGCGCGGCCAGUAAUGCUCGGAGAGAUCAGGUAAAAGCGACGUAAACUCUGUUUCGCGCGUCUUAUCAUGCUAUUUAUAAGCUAUUUGUCUUUGUGUAAAACACCACUGUUAAACAGAAACUUAGGUCUUAUAAUAUAUUUUUUAGUCUAAAGCCUAAUGGCAGGUAAAAUAAUUUUAACUUGUCUUAUGUUUGUUUAGUAGUGAAUAGAAUUAUGAUUUAAAAAAUUUUAUUCGGAUAUAUAAAAAGUAAUAUGUACAGUUUAUCGUUUCCUCCUUAAAAAUAAUUAAAAUUUGCUUAUACUCAUCAAAUUACAGAAAUUUAUCACAAAAUCUCAGGAAAAGUGGGAGCCGGUUGCCAAAACAGAAAAGACAUACACUUAUCACAAACGCCAAAAUAUACCAACGCCAGGAACAGUUCAGCUCAAGGAAAUGUCGGUAGAUUAUUCCCCGACCAACUUUGAAGAAAGUCGAGCUCGAAUUGAUGCUGCGUCACGACAAGAAAAUGUUAGAGUGAAAAAAGUCGGCGAUACGACAAUAGUCACUGAGCAUCGAGAUCCGUACUCAUUUUACUGGCAACUAGAUCAAUUUAAAAAGAAGGAGCCGGAUCCGCCUCGGCGACCUCCGGUAACUGAUUAUGUUAUCGAAGAGGAAGAGAUACAAGAGACGGUUUUAUCACCAGACAGUCAUGAUAGCGGUGUUGAGCACGAAAGUCAGUAUUCCAGGCCGGUGAAGGAGGAAAGACGAUUACCGGCUGGUUGGGAGAAACAUGAGGGUAAUUAGUUUUAAAUAAUGUUGAAAUUCUGCUUUUGUUGAUUUUGACAAAAGGAAAGUUCAAGGAGCGUUUUUUUGGUUUCAUUUAAUUUUUUUAGACCCGUCUGGCUUUUCUUAUUACUGGCACGUUGACAGUGGUACCAUUCAACGCGAUCCACCUGUAAGUAUUCUUUUUUUACUUGUUGUUUCUUACUAACACGUUGUGCCUGCGCUUAACCAACGUGGGGUUUCUUUUAAGAGGUCUGCUUAACUAAGGUACCUACAAAAUAGUAAAACAGUGAAAGCAAUUUUGAAUUGAAAUCCUUUUUGACUGAUAAUAUUAACAUAUAAAAGAGCUUCUGAAAAGGUUAUGCAAAGAUCGAUUAAAUUUUCUGCGAUAUUACAUAAUGUGGAUGACAUAACAAGAUAGCCUUAGAGAAAUUGCCAGUUAUUUUAUUACGUAACUUUUCUUGCGUAAUAUUUUUUAAUUUUGUAACAUUUUCCUCGAUGAAAAACGACCCAAAAAAUUACUGCGAGUGCUGGGUGUAUCUUAUUUUUAUGUGCGGCGUAUUUUUUAUCUGCCAUAUUCUUUGAUUAUAUAAACUGAAGAUCUUAACUUCUAACUUGUCAUUUAUAAGUCUACUAUUUUUAGCUUAAGCUAAGCCUAAGCUAAGCCUAAGCUAAGCCUAAGCUAAGCCUAAGCUAAGCCUAAGCUAAGCCUAAGCUAAGCCUAAGCUAAGCCUAAGCUAAGCCUAAGCUAAGCCUAAGCUAAGCCUAAGCUAAGCUAAGCCUAAGCUAUGUCUGCGUCUAAGCAAUAAAUUACUGCGAGUGCUAGGAAUUACGCAAUUUUUGUGUACGAAACUGCUUUAUUUCACCAUCUUAUGUAAUGUGUAAACUCUUAUAUGUAAAAAUUCACUAUGAUUACCUGCUUUGGUAUGGCCAUGUUUUUCUGUAUUAGUUUUUGUCUGCCUUAUUCUGUGAGUAUAUAAACCCGGACUCAACCACAGCCUAAUCAUAAACAUAAGUAAGCCUGAGCAGUUGCAAAAUUAGGAAUGCCAUGAAGCAAAAAUAAAAAAACUUUAUAGUUUUUAACAAUGCGUAAUGACAUUGAUGUAGUUUUUGCUACUGUAACUUUAAAGUGUAGGUUAGGUUGCGAUAAGGUUCUAAGUUAAUAUUGAUAUAAUUUAUUAAUAAAUUAAUUGCUUGGAGAAUGUUAAUAAAUUAAAAAUUUUAAAUGGUUUCAUACUGUAGUGAUUUAUUUGAGUACUUAAUAUUGUGAGUAAUUAGUUUGAAUUGUUUUAAAAUUGCUUCAUUAACGAUUUCAUCAAAAGAACUAGCAAAAAAUAGGAAAUACAGUAGUUUUGACGGGAUUUCAGCGGGUUUCAAAUAAGCCUGAUAUCCCCCCUCUCCCUCCCACUCCUCCGAUUUACGCUGAAGAAUCCAAACACGAUCCGUAUCCUCUUCCACCACAGAAUCCACCAGCAGCACCCAUCUCACCGGCUCCACCGGAAGAACCUGUAAUCGAAGAGCACGUCUUCAAACAAGUCACCACGAAGCGCACCGUGGAGAAUCACGACGAAUCCGAGGACUUUAUUGAGGCUGAUAUUGGUGGCGGUCAACGAGUAAGUUUGAAAAUUGUUAUAGAAAUAGCAAGCCGAUAUGCUUUUACCUGAAAUAUUUUUUAAAUGUGAAAAAAACCUUUUAUUACAACUUUUCAAUUGCGUCAUGCACAAAAUUAUAUUAAUAUUGUGCGCCUGCUUUUGUUACUUUUACUACAAAAUGCGAAUCUAUUCUUCUGUCAAUGUAUAUUUUCAGCACGUUCGCUUCAUGGUACGAUCACUGGGAUGGACCCCAAUAAGUGAAGAAGACCUAACGACAGAACGGAGCUCUCAAGCAGUCAACAAAGCCAUUCGAGAUUUGUCAACGGGAGCAUUAGGCGUUUUACCAAAAUGGGGAAAUGGCAAGGAGUUGAUCCUGGAGCUGACCGACAACGAGUUGCUUUUGGUGGAUCCAGACACAAACAAUGUGGUACAUUCCGAAAAGAUACAGUUUAUUCGAGUUUGGGGCGUUGGCAGAGAUAAUGGAAGGUAAAAGGGAUCUUAAAAAAACGUGGAAAAUUUUUACCAUUCAGAUUUUUAAAAUUAAUGCGUGCAAAUAAGGAAAUAAAUAAUUUAAAAUUUAAAAAUCAUUAUAGGGAUUUCGCUUACGUAGCCAGAGAUAAAAAUGGGAGACAAUUCUUAUGUCAUGCUUUUCGAUGUGACACUCCAGCUCGUGCUAUUGCCAACACCCUUCGUGAUAUAUGCAAGCAGUUAAUGGUAAACCGUCCGCUAGCACAAUCGUUUACGCCUACCACUGAACGGUCGGAACGACGAAUAGUCAGUAAGUGCUAUAUAUAAUGUACCGUAUUUAAUGUUUAGUGAAAUCUCAUUUAAAUUUAUUUUAGAGGAAAGUUCAGUAGCUCCGAUUGAUGAAGUCCAACGAGUCAUCCGAUGUCAUUUCAUCGGAGUCACGGAGGUGCCUCGGGCUACAGGAAUUGAAGUUCUGAAUGACGCUGUAGAUCGGUUGGUACGCCAAAUUCCGACAGAUAAAUGGAUAUUGUCCGAUGUAUCGGUUGCUUUAUCUAAUAUUACAAUUAGAGAUAUAAAUGGUGAACAAAUUGCUCAAUGCCGCGUACGGUACCUUUCAUUUUUGGGAGUUGGACAGGACAUAAAGUAAGUCAAUUUAGAAUUGAAUGGCUUUGAAAAGAAAUUUGUGAAAGGUUGUUUUAAAGAUACGUUAUUAUUUGCAAGUAAAGUUCAAACUUGUCCUCGUUUAUUCAUUAAGUUACUGUAUACCCAUUUAGGCACUGUGCUUUUAUAAUGCACACAUCAACAGAAAACUUUUUAUGUUACGUGUUCCACGUUGAGCCAUCAGCCGGCUUAAUGGCCAAGACUAUCGAAGCAGCUUGCAAAUUACGGUAUCAAAAAGUUCUCGACGCUCACAUCAAUCACGGUCGUAGUGGAAAUCGCGCCCGUUUCACCGGUUACUAGUUUGUAAAUUGUUUUAUUUGUACGUACUGUACAUUUUCCCUUUUUUGUUAAAUAAAUUUGACGUUUACUGAAAACUACACGAUCCUUAUAACGAUUACAUUAAUUUUGGGAAGUACGUAUUAAAAACGUUUAAAAAACAAAAUAGAAUUCAAAAACAGAUUACAAGAUCUAUUUUGUCAAAUUUUACAGUUUUUCGGUGAAUUUAAAUGUAUUUGAACGUCUUAAUAGGCCAAGGUCGUCGCGCAUUGCGGGAUGACCGCGUUUAAGCUAAACGCUUCUUCCGUAAAAAACACCAACGUUUCCCUUUCCUAAUGCGUAAUCCCGGCUUUUUGUUUUUUAUUUUCGUAAGUUAAAUACAAAAAAUACAACUAAUUGUUUAGGUAAUCAGUAUUUACAAAGUUGUUGCUCAAAACUACGUGCAAGGUAAGGUAAACGUACAGUAAGAAUUUUCCCAAGUAAAAAAUUUCAAUUCGAAAUUUGUAGCUAUAUUUACUGAUUUUUAUAAUAACUAAUUCACUGAACACAUUCAGGAGAGCCAAAGAUAAUUUGCGGCCCUAACACGAUAGAAAUUGAAGCAACCACCCAAAGCCCAUUCAAUGGCACAGUAUAUGUUAAAAACUGGCGCAAGUCAAUAGGAUGUUACAAAAGUUUUGAGCAUGCAGGCACUACAAACCCUCAUUAUUCGAUACCACUGUCCGAUGUUGGAAAAUGUGGUUUAGAACUUCGAAAAACAGUAAUUUUGCUUAUAUUAAAGUUUGUGUAAAAGCUAAAAUAUUUAGCAAUUUUAACAAGGUUUGAAUUUCUGCAAGUUUUAGGCCGACAAUGCCUUAGAAGUUUUUGCGAUCGUUGUAUUCGGAUUCCAUCCAAACUUUAUGACUCAAAACGACCGUUCAUUUGCAAUUCAUUGUGUUUUCAAGCAGCAAAGCAAAGACGUACGCAACAAAAUUAACGUAUUUAAGUAAGGAUUUGCAUUCAAAACUAAUAAUCUCGAGAACUCUUCUUAAAAAUAAACAAACACUAUUUGUUUGAAAAAUAUUUUAUUUCAGAGAACUAACACCAAACGGAGAGGCCAAUGGAAUCGCCCAAAUCCCCAUUCCAAAAUUUAAGGUCAUCAGUGGGCGCGUACCUGAUGAAACGUUGCAACCAGCUAAUGUCGUUUCAGUUGGAGAUGCUGUUAUAUUAGUUUGGUAUUUAAGCCCACCUUCGAGUAUGUUUUAAAAAUAACUAUUAUUAUGUAAUCAAAAAUCACAAUUAUAGAUGUUUAUGGACUAACAGUAAAUGAAUGUUCCGCCGAAACACUGGACGGCCGUAAAAUUCAAAUUUUGACAACUGGUUGUACUACCGAUGAAGUCUUGAUUUCUGAUGUCAAAUACUCCGAACGAAACGAAAAAGCUUUUGCGGACGGAAUGGCAUUUAAGUUUCCCGAUUCUGAAGAUAUGUGGAUUAAAUGCAAAAUCAACUUGUGUUUACAAAACCAUGAACACUUCAACGUUAGCGCAGAGUUUCAAUACAACAUGUGCAAUCCUCAUGCGGUACGUAGUUUCUGUCACCCUUGGAAAAGUAAAAAUUUCAAUGUAUGUAUUAUAUUCCAAUUAAAAGGUAGAAUAGCACUUAAUCAACCUUUCCAGAACUGUCAAAAAAGAGAAAAGCGUUCAACUGAAAAGCGUAAUUUAUCGACAGACGGCAUGCACACAGUCAACAAAAAAAUUCGAGUAAUGGAUAAACAUACAAAGCCUGAAGUUCAAGGUACGGUAUUAAAAACUCUUUAUAAAUUUUAACGCCUUAUCUACUAAAAGACCACUAACCCAUCCCCAAAAAAUUUUAAUAAUAUUUAUCUUCUUCGAACGUUUAACUUUAUACAAAGGAGACGUUUUUAUUAUGAAAUUUAAUUUUAGAACCAAUAAUAGCUCCAGCUUUUACAUUGAACUCCAAAUGGUGCUUUAUGAAAAACCUUUUCUCUGUAUUCUCAGUACUAUUGGUUAUUUUAUACUCUGGAACCUUGAUUUCUUUAGUAUUCUUCUACGUAAAUACUAGGCAAAACCUUAAAAAGCUGCCAGAAACUUUUUCUGAAACCGGAUAA